UUUUUAUCUUCAUAUACAGCGAUAUUCAGGUAGUUGGGGAUCGUUUAAUGGUCGAGGAUGGAGUUGUUGAUGUUUUAGCUUAGCUAAGUCAAGUUAGGAUUAUAUCAGAUAUCAGCCUGUAUUGGAUCCUUGGAUCUUCCUCCUGAGAGUUGUCGGAUCCGGAUGAGCAGAAUCAUGCUGCUGCUGUUGAGUAUCUCCCUCCUCCUCUUCCUCGUUCCUCCUCUCGAGGCCCUGAAUCCUGGAAACACAACCUUCUCCAGUUUACUGUGGAGCAUGAGACUCCCGGACAGUGUUAAACCUCUUCACUACGACCUGCUGAUCCACCCCAACCUCACCUCCCUGAGCUUCAGCGGGGCGGUUCAGAUCCAGCUGGAUGUUCUGCAGGAAACCCGGCACAUCUUCCUCCACAGUAAGAGUCUGGAGAUCUCCAGAGCUCUGCUCUUAGGAUCCAGAUAUCAGCAUCUUCUCCAGGUCCAGGAGUCUGAAGCGUUCGAGCAAAUCGCACUGUCCUACGAGAACUUCACGUUCAGUACGGGGCUGUACGUGAUCCGGCUGGAGUUCUCAGCCAACCUGUCGGAAAGUUUUCACGGCUUUUAUAAAGGAACGUACAGAACGAGCAGCGGAGAAGUCAGGACUUUGGCCUCCACCCAGUUUGAGGCGACUCACGCUCGAUCUGCUUUCCCCUGCUUUGAUGAACCAGCUUUCAAAGCCAACUUCUCCAUCCGCGUUCGCCGAGAGCCACGGCACAUCUCUAUAUCCAACAUGCCGAAGCUGAAGACGGUGGAGCUUGCUGGUGGCCUGCUGGAGGAUCAGUAUGAUGUAACGGUGAAGAUGAGCACAUAUCUGGUGGCUUUUAUCGUCUGUGAUUUCCUGUCCAUCAGUAGGCGGAGUCAACAUGGCGUGGAGAUAUCGGUGUACACGGUUCCGGAGAAGAUCAGUCAGGCGGAGUACGCUCUGAACACCGCAGUAACUCUGCUCGACUUCUACGACGAUUACUUCAACAUCCCCUAUCCUCUUCCCAAACAGGAUCUUGCUGCUAUCCCAGAUUUUCAGUCGGGUGCGAUGGAGAACUGGGGUUUGACGACGUACCGAGAGUCCGGGCUGCUGUUUGAUCCGGAACGUUCCUCCACCUCAGAUAAACUGGGAAUCACCAAGGUCAUCGCCCACGAGCUCGCCCAUCAGUGGUUUGGGAACCUGGUGACGAUGCAGUGGUGGAACGACCUGUGGUUAAAUGAAGGCUUCGCCAAGUUCAUGGAGUUCGUCUCCGUCAACCUCACCUACCCUGAGCUGCAAGUGGACGAUUACUUCUUAGAGAAGUGUUUCACUGCGAUGGGCGUGGACUCAUUAAGCUCCUCCCACCCCAUCUCUACUCCCGUGGAGAAUCCGGCUCAGAUCAGAGAGAUGUUUGAUGAUGUCUCAUAUCAGAAGGGGGCGUGUGUUUUGAACAUGCUGAGGGAUUUUUUGACCCCGGAGGUGUUUAAGAUCGGGAUCAUUCGUUACCUGAAGAAGCACAGCUACCAGAACACUGUGAACUCUGACCUGUGGUACAGCCUGACUAACGUGUGUCAGUCGGAUGAUUUGGAUCUCGGGAGGCUGAAAGAGGACGGAUUCUGUUCCGACAGCAAAACCAGAACAUCUGCCUCAAAGUGGUUUAUGGAGGAUGAUCUGGACGUGAGGGAGAUAAUGGAUACCUGGACGCUGCAGGAGGGAUUUCCUCUCAUCACUGUGGAGGUUAAAGGUCGAGAGGUUCGACUGAAGCAGGAGAGAUUCCUCAAAGGGGCGGAGUCUGCAAAUCAUCCAAACUUCCUGUGGAAAGUGCCCUUGACCUACAUCACCAGCGGCUCCAGCUCCGUCCAGCGCUUUCUGCUCAAAACCAGACACGACGUGCUGUACCUGCCGGCGGAGGUGGAGUGGGUGAAGUUUAAUGUGGAUAUGAGGGGGUAUUAUAUAGUGCAUUACGCUGCGGGGGGGUGGGACGCUCUGAUCCGGCAGCUGCAGCUCAAUCACACCGUGUUCAGCGGAAACGACCGGGCCAGUCUCAUCCACAACAUCUUCCAACUCGUCAGUAUUGGGAAGGUUCCUCUGGACCGGGCUCUGAGUCUCAGUCAGUAUCUGAGCUCUGAGAGUGAGAUCAUGCCGGUCACUCAGGGCUUCAGUGAACUGGUGCCGCUUUAUAAACUCAUGGAGAAAAGAGACAUGGCAGCUCUGGAGAACCAGCUGAAGGGCUACCUGGUGAAUGUGUUCCGGAGGCUGAUUGAUGCUCAGAGUUGGAGUGAUGACGGCUCGGUGUCGGAGAGGAUGCUGAGGAACUACCUGCUGCUGUUCGCCUGCGUUCGCCGCCUCCCGGCCUGCGUCGGCCCCGCCCAGCGGCUCUUCAGGCAGUGGAAGGAGUCUGACGGAGCGCUGAGGUUGGCGGCUGACGUGCGGCUGGUGGUGUACACUGAGGGAGCUCGUACAGAAGAAGGCUGGGACUUCCUGCUGGAGAAGCACGGCAGCACCAUGUACCCGUCUGAGAGGAGUCAGAUUAAAGCAGCGCUGUCCUACAGCCCCCUCCCCCACAAGCUGGAGUGGCUGAUGGAGAAAGGUCUAGAAGGAGAAAUCCUGAAGACCCACGAGCUCCCGUCUCUCAUCAUCAGCGUCAGUAAAAACCCAACAGCCUACAGACUGGCCUGGGACUUCCUGACAGCUAAUUGGCAGAAACUGGUUAAAAAGUUUGAUCUGGGUUCCUCUGCGAUCUCGAGGAUGGUGGUGGGCGUGACCAAUCAGUACUCAACUCAGGAAAAGCUGGAGGAGGUGCAAUCGUUCUUCGGUUCUCUGGAUGAGAGCACAGGGGCGGGGCUACGCAGCAUCCAGCAGGCCCUGCAGAACAUCCAGGAGAACAUUCGCUGGAUGGAUCAGAACGUUCCGGUUCUCCAGGAUUGGCUGAACCGCCACAGCACCGGACCGGCCCUGUAGAACCUCAGCAGAUUCAUAAUGUUCCUGAUCCGGAGUGCGUCCCAAAGUCUAGAACUCUAGCAUUUCUCAGGUGUUAUAUUAUAGAAUCUGUUCCAAACUAAAACAACCGUAUGCAGAAACACAGCCCUCGAUCUGAAGGGCGCAGCUGAUGUAUCCUUCCUGGCCCUCAGUUACCCACAAUUCUCUGCACAAAUACAAUCCAAAGAUAAAAGGAAAACAUCCCAAUCAGUUAUGCACACCAUGAGGUCAUUGCGAAGCCUCAUUAGACUCAUUAGAUUAGGCUCCGCCCCACCUCACCUGCAGCAUAGACUUUGGAGCUAAUACACUGCUAAUGUAUGGUGGUUUUGGAUGGCGCUCUGCUAAACGAGGUUUAUAUAUGAAGCUCCUCCUGGAGAAUCCUGCAGGUCAUUAAGUACGGCUGCGUUCACAUUAUUACCAGGCUAAAGUGAUCCAUUUCACACCAGAUUUCUCCUUUAAAUCAAAGAAACUCAUCAUUUUUAAAUGCUCUCUUAUUUUUUCCCGAGCUGUAUUUAAUAAGUGAAGCAUUAAGAUAACCAAGCCCAAUCUGAGCAAAUAAUCAGAACUGAUUAAUGUGGUUUGUAAUGUGAACGGAGUCUAUAUGUAGAGUGUUGAGAUUCUAUUUUUAAAGCACUUUUUGGUACAAAAACUACUGAUUGUAUUUUUUGUAAUAUGAAGCACAAAGUCCUCUAAAAUAAAUACAUUUGGAACAUUUUUUUAAAA